CUUCCAUAAGUCAAAAUGAAGAAAAUUCAUUGUUGUUCUAGACUUGAAAUGGGUGAAAAUUCACUAAAUAGAAUUUGCUGUCUGUUAAUGGCUUCCCUUUUCGGUCUAUCCACUUGUUUCCAAUUCAACGAUCCAGAUUGGUAUUUGUGGAUCCCAUUAUAUGCAUCUGCUUGUUAUGUGAAUCUGCUGAAAUUCUGUAAACCCAAUUCACCAAGAAUCAGAAAAGUGGCCAAGUUUGGAUUGUGUCUUGGCGUAUUCUUGUUUAUCAAAGUUUGGGCAGAAGAUUUGAUUCAUGGAAUAUGUGGGAUUUGGUGUAUGGAUAUGAGAGAGAGAGUUGUGAGAGAAAGAUUUGGGAGUGGGCUUGUUGUUAGCUCCAUGUUUCUUGUGAAGAACAACUCAAGAUAUGGUAUGCCCAUUUUGGUUGGCUUUGCCUAUGGCAUCAGCUUCAUCUUCUUUGCAUUUCAACAUCAUCAAAUGCGAUAUUGAUCACUCUAGAUAUGUUGGGGAGAUUGUAAAAGGAUCAUUCAUCUAUAUAUGUAGCUCUUUUAUUUCA